AUGUUUGAGCAAGUGGACAAUAGGGCGAGAACAGAUACAUGGGAUGAUGGUUACGAAGAUGAGGAGUGGGGGAUAAAUGAUGGGUAUAUGGGAUAUCCAGGUGGGUACCAAAAUCAGGCAUUUAAUCAUAAUCAACCGAUGUAUCAACAACAGAGGCAGCCACGGGGAGUAGAUGCUUAUCAGACCCCGCCACAGGUUCAUAGGGCACCGGUUGCACCUCGCCAAAGACAAAGAGAUCCUCGAUUUCCGGAUCCAAAUAUUCGAGGAGUUGAAAGCCACUUCAGGCCGCACAUUGCUGAGCAUGCAUCACCGAUAGUGAUGCCAGUAGCACCGGGUAAUGUGGAACGUUCGUUUGAAGCAAAACCACAUAUUCUGAACAUGCUACCUACCUUUCACGGGAAAGGUACUGAGGAGCCAUAUGCACACAUAGCGGAUUUUGAGGCAGUUUGUGGUAUGAUUACUGGACACGGGUUCACGUCAGAUCAGGUUAAGUUGGUAUUAUUUCAGUUUUCACUAAAGGAUGCUGCGAGGGAUUGGUUUACAUCUUUGCCAUAUGCUAGUAUUUAUACAUGGCAAGAGUUGCAGCAACAAUUUUUGGAUGAGUAUUAUACCCCGCAAAGAACCAAAACGGGGAGAGCAGCAAUUAGAGAGUUCCAACAAUUACUGGGUGAGCUUCUUUACAAGUCUUGGAAACGGUUCAAUCAAUUGAUCCGUAAUAGUCCUCACCACGGUAUUCAAAGAUGGGAGUUGAUUACUGCAUUCCACGAUGGGAUUUCAAAUGAGGAUAGACGGGAUAUUAAGGCUAUCACCGGGGGUACCAUUUUGAAAAAUCAUGUGGAUGUAGAUUGGGAUUACUUGGAUAUUGUUGCAGCAGAUUCAAAGAGGCAAGCACAGUCGGAUAGGAAUAAAAAGUAUCCAAUUGUGGCACCAUCAAGUGCGGGAGCCUCUAAUGCAAGGGUUGCUCAGCUAGAGAAAGAAAAGGAGGCGUUGGAACACCAGUUAGCGAAGUUUAAGGGUCUUGGCGAACGAGAUGCAUUGCAUGCGGCGCAAAGCUUUCCGGUUUGUGAUUCAUGUGGAGAUUUAGGACAUACGUUGGAUGCAUGCCCGGGUCAGUUUGUAGCGGUUGAGGAGGACGUGAACAUGGUGUAUGGAGAGCAAAGGAAUUAUGAUAUGAACUCAAACACAUAUCAUCCAGGUUUGCGUAAUCAUCCAAACUUUCGGUACAGUAAUACUAAUCAAUUGAAUCCUCAUUUUCAGGUACCAAAUCAAGGAAGCCAGCCGUAUCAGAACCGUCAAUCGAACUAUAAUCAGAAUUAUAAUCAAGGAAAUUACAACAAGGGAAAUCAAAGAAGCUAUCGGCAACAACAAGAGCAAGGCAAGUCAAAUACUUCAAACGAGGAGAUUUCUAAUCGUGAGAUUAUGGAAGUGUUGAAGCAAAUCAAAAAGGACCAAGAAGUGCAAGCUAAAUCUCAUCAAGCAUUGGAAAAGCAAGUCGCCCAAUUGGCGACCGAGAUGGCACAAGGAAGAAAAGAUUCGAGUCGCUUGCCUAGUGACACCACGAAGAAUCCACAGCAUCAAGGGAGUUCGUCUAACGUCCGAAUUAAUCAGUUGGUUGAGAGUAUCAUGGAGGAGGUUGAUGAGGAAAACGAGUCCGAUGCUGAACCGGGACCUAUUAGCCCUAAAAGGAAUAAAAAAGAAACUCUUGAAAAAAAUAAUAGGGUGAUAGAUACUGAACCGGGUGACAAAAAGGAGAAGGGUAUGGAGGACGCAAUCAAACAGGUUCCGGCAUAUGCAAAAUAUUUGAAGGAACUUUGCACCCAAAAACGGCACAAUAAAUUUCCAAAAAAGAUAGCUUUAACCGAAAAAGUUAGUGCCGUUUUGUCGGGUGAUCUUCCACCGAAGCUCCGAGAUCCAGGUGCUCCUCUAAUCCCCAUUCAAGUGGGUGAAUUUAAGAUGAGUCGAGCCUUGCUGGAUUUGGGAGCAAGUGUUAGCAUCCUACCGAGAAAUUAUAUGCAAAUUGAAAAUACUAAACAACCUAAUGUCAUACUCGGUAGACCAUUUUUAGCAACCGCUAAUGCACUAGUCGGUUGUAGAAAUGGUACGGUUGACAUCACGUUUGGAAAUCGUAAGGUCCGAUUAAAUGCUUUUUCCCGUGCAUCUGAUUCUCUUGUCAAUAUGAAUGCUUCAUGGCGGACGUUAUUGACGGGUGUCAUCCUCACGAAGGUGGGGAAGGCAUUAGAGAGACGUGUUUCGUUUGUGACAGGGAUUUGA